GCACAACAGAGGAAGAAUCAUACAGUGCAGUGACCAGUAAAUUAUGGUUAUUUACUUAAAAAAGUGAAGCUGUAAUUGUUUAUUGGACAUGGUUCUAGUCAGGAGGAAUGGUGUCCUUAUGAGAGAACAGCAAGUAACCCACUUCCUAUCCUGCUUUUUCACAUGCUCGUUGCGGUUACCGUCUUCAGGCAUGAUCUCGCUGACCUGCCUGUCCUUCAUGGUGUGUUGACAGCCAGUAUGACAUGGAAUCUGGACCAUUGUGAAGAGAAACUCAAGCAGUUUUUGACAGAGUUUGCUGCCGUAGAUGCAGAAGGACACAAAGACUUCAAAUAUGUACAUCACUUGGUGAAAGUAGCACAUCGAGAGCAGGUGGCCCUGAUCAUUGAGUUGGAUGAUGUGCAUGACUUUGAUUCUGAAUUGGCAGAAGCCAUUGCGUGCAACACACGUCGAUAUGUCAGUAUUGCUUCUGAAGUUGUCCAUGAAAUUUUGCCGGACUACAAGGAACGAGAGGUGAUAGCCAAAGACGCACUCGAUGUGUACAUAGAGCAUCGUUUGCUGAUGGAGCAGCGACUGCAUCAGCCCGGUGAGCAGAGAGACGUGCGUAACAAGUAUCCACCGGAGCUCAUGAGGCGCUUUGAAAUCUGUUUCAAAGAUAUGAGCCUCAACAAACCAGUUCCAAUCCGAGAUGUCAAGGCAGAACACAUCGGAAAGUUGGUUACAGUGCGGGGCAUAGUGACUCGAUGCACUGAAGUGAAACCGAUGAUGGUUGUUGCCACGUACACUUGUGACCGGUGUGGCGCAGAAACCUAUCAACCGGUGAACUCCCUGACCUUCAUGCCACUGGUGAUGUGUCCAAGUGAGGACUGCAGAGUGAAUAAGGCUGGUGGUCGUCUCUACCUGCAGACCCGUGGCUCAAAGUUUAUGAAGUUCCAGGAGCUGCGUGUUCAAGAGCAUAGUGAUUCUGUGCCUGUUGGCAACAUCCCUCGCAGCCUGACAGUACUGUGUCGUGGUGAGACAACUCGCCGGGCUCUGCCGGGUGACCACGUCUCAGUUUCAGGGAUCUUCCUUCCCCUCAUACGCGCAGGAUUUCGACAGAUAGCCCAAGGUCUGCUGUCCGAGACUUUUAUGGAUGCUCAUCGUGUGGUGCGUCUGGACAAGACAGAAGUGGAUGAAGCCCCAGCUGCAGACCUGACUGCAGAGGAAGUGCAACAAUUAACACACGAGGACUUCUAUAGCCUUCUGGCAAGUUCUCUUGCACCAGAAAUCUAUGGACAUGAGGAUGUGAAGAAAGCUCUUCUGCUCCUCCUUGUAGGAGGGGUAGACCGCAAACCACAGGGAAUGAAGAUACGAGGAAACAUCAACAUCUGCCUCAUGGGUGACCCUGGUGUUGCCAAGUCUCAGCUUUUGUCGUACAUUGAUCGGUUGGCAUCCCGUAGCCAGUAUACGACCGGUAGAGGCUCAUCAGGGGUCGGUCUCACUGCGGCUGUCAUGAAGGAUCCCCUCACUGGCGAGAUGAUGUUGGAGGGCGGAGCACUUGUGCUGGCUGACCAAGGCAUUUGUUGUAUUGAUGAAUUUGACAAGAUGGCAGAUACUGAUCGAACUGCUAUACAUGAGGUGAUGGAGCAGCAGACAAUUUCAAUUGCCAAGGCAGGGAUUAUGACUAGUCUGAAUGCGCGCGUCAGCAUUCUGGCAGCAGCGAACCCGGCAUUCGGACGGUACAACCCUCGCCGCACCAUAGAACAGAACAUUCAACUUCCCGCAGCUCUGCUCUCUCGUUUUGACCUGUUGUGGCUGAUACAGGACAGACCGGAUCGGGACAAUGAUCUACGAUUGGCUCAGCACAUAACGUAUGUACACCAGCACUGCAAGCAGCCUCCUGCCACUGUACAGGCCCUGGACAUGCAGCUGAUCCGACGCUAUAUCGCUCUCUGCAAGAAGCAGCAACCUGUCAUUCCAGAGGAGCUCACAGACUACAUUGUGGAUUCUUACGUACAUAUGCGCAAAGAGGCUCGGAAUGUAAAAGAUAUGACCUUCACAUCAGCAAGGAACUUGUUAGCCAUCCUGCGUCUGUCAACAGCAUUGGCUCGCUUACGACUCUCAGAUCAGGUUGAAAAAGAAGAUGUGAAUGAAGCCAUUCGCCUUACAGAGAUGUCUAAAGACUCGCUGAACCAUGCUGAAGAUCGGUAUGGAAGGACAGAGAAUGUGAUGGACAAGAUCUACAGUGUGAUCUGUGAGCUGGCAGCUGAGAACAAGACGGUGAAGGUGGCAGAUGUUAUGGAGCGCUGCGCAAGUAAGGGCUACAACCCCAACCAGGCGGAAGAAUGCUUGGAGGAGUACGAGGAGCUCAACGUGUGGCUUAUCAACCAGGCUCGCACCCAGAUCACCUUUGUGUAAGAGGAAAAUUGGUAUGUAGCCGCAAGGAACUCUGAUAAUAGAACAUGAAGGCCUGAAAAUAUAGCUGCUUGACCACUUAAAUCAAGUUCGUGUCUCAACGUUGUAUUUCUCAGAUGUUCUAUGAUAUUGCCCUCAUACCAAAAGUCACUGUGUAAUAACCAUUUUAUAGGCUCCCAAGCGGUUGUCAUUGGAGGAGACAUUCUACAGGUGUGUAGGGUAGCUGCAGAUAUAUUGUAUUGAAUAAGCGGUUGUGAAGGAGGUCUACCAGUUUGGAUGGCUAACGCCUCUGUGUGAGAAUUAGCAUUUUACAUAAUAUAAUAAAGGGCCUCAAACUUGUGUCAACACAAUGAUGAAUGUAUGAAGAGAAGGUUUCGCGGUGACUGAAGUUGAUGAGAUACUCGCAGGCUACAAGCCGAGUCAGGUGGCCGAAAGCUGAACAAACCAAAUCUUCUGCCGAUGCUUCCACUUCAGUAGGAACUCCGUGUUGGACAAGGCGUCAGUUUAUGUGUACCAGCUCAUAAAAGAAGCUGUUGAGAUCUGCCUAAACGACGACAACUUCAGCAGGGACGAUGGUUUCCUGGUAUCCUGAGACAAGAUUGCUGUCCAUCCAGAAGGCUGAGCCAGCUAGUGCGAGCACGCGACUUCAACCGGCCAGCACGAAAGAAAGCAACGGAUGGGCUACCAGCAACAUCAUUACUACCUGUCAUCCAUCGCCAGUUCCCAUCAGCUGGCGCACAGGAAAGGAAUGGACUGGUUACCCAGCAACCCUGUGGAUGAGAACGGGUGGUUCUCAAAACAGCAAAAGAUAUGGUUUGUUGACCUGACAUGGCUUGUAGCCCGAGAGUAUUUUCAUCAACCACAAUGAUGAAUCUUUGGACUGUCUGAGCGGACGAUGGUUCCUUAAGAGGAACUGCGCACCAUGGAGUAGUUACCCGUCCGGUUAACAUUUAUCCUGCAAGCAGGAGACACGUUCAGAGAACAUUUAAGGACAACCGUAUCUUCGCUUUAUAAAUCACCUUUCUUAUUUAUAAGAGGAAUUUUGAAAAGGAAGUGUUUAGUUUUCUAUUGAGCAGGCUUCCUCAAUUGGAAAAAUGAUCUUUCUGGGGUACCAGAUAUCCUGACUCGUGUUUUACAGGCAAAAUUAUUUAUUAAAACAGGCUUCUGCAGCUCUCUAAUUUGGUGUUAUUAAUCAGCAUAUGAAUGAACCAACUUAGCAUUUCUUUCAACAUUGUCAUCUUUGAUUUGCAAAUGCAGUGACAAUGGCUUGUAAUAAGCCAGACUGCUCCCACUUCACAACCUUUGUGGUUGAUCAAGCUUUGCUAUUUAAGAAAGGUGUGAAUUGAUGUUAAUGUUCUUUGUCAUCACUUCCAAGAGGAAUCCUGACACUACUCUCCUGACUGGUUGUCCCUCUCAGUUCAUCCCAUCUAAUUAUUUUGCCAUUUGAUGUUAUAAAACCAAUGUCGUAAUAAAAAUAGAAGAAACAAA